UACUAUUCUGGUUCUUGACGCGAGUGGAGGCAGCAACAUGGUUAACAAAAUAAGGAAGGUUACGCACUGCAUCUUCGAUAUGGAUGGACUCUUGCUGGAUACAGAGUACAUCUACCAGAAUAUUUUACGAGAUCUGGUUGAAUCGUACGGAUCGUCUUACCCAUGGGACACCCAAAUGAAGAUCAUGGGAACAACCGAACAGAAAACCGUUUCGAUCAUCGUCAACGACCUGAAACUGACCUGUACGGAGGAAGAGUUUUUGAAAAAGUAUCGCCAGAGACAGUUGGUGGAACUCGCCAACGCUCGUCUGAUGAGAGGUGCCGAACGUCUAAUCCUACACCUAAGCGAGAACCACAUUCCCAUCGCGGUGGCCACCAGCUCCGGAGCGAGUGCCGUUGAGGUGAAAACGAAGAACCACAGGGACGUAUUCGAUCUUUUCGACCACACAGUGAUGGGCUCGUCGGACGCCGGUGUGCUGGAGGGAAAACCUGCGCCGGAUAUCUUCCUGGUGGCCGCCGCCCGCUUCCCCGAUCAUCCGUGUCCGGAACAGUGUCUGGUGUUUGAGGAUGCCCCGAACGGUGUGGAGGCGGCAGUGUCCGCUGGGAUGCAGGUCGUCAUGGUACCGGAUCGUAGCAUACAGCCCGAACUACGGAAGCAUGCCACCGUUGUGUUGGAUUCGUUGGAGGAUUUCCAACCGGAGCUGUUCGGGCUGCCUGCUUUCAGGUAAGAAGGGUUUUAGAUAGAGCUUUAAAUUAGCGU